AUGGCAAAGAGAAGAACCAAGAGAAGAACUCACAAGAAGCUCAGUGAGGAAGAGAGCUCCAAAAUACCGAAAUCGAUGGUUCUCCAUCUCGGAGCCUCGCUCAAGAACCACUCCCUUUCACAGCUCGUGGGAGACUUUAGAAACAUCAUGCAGCCGUACACCGCCAUCAAUUUGCGCGAGAGGAAAUCGAAUAAGCUCAAGGACUUUAUAGUCAUGUGUGGUCCACUUGGCGUGUCGGAUACCUUCAUUUUCAACCAGUCCACAGCGGGCAAUAUCACCUUGCGGAUGGGCAAGUUGCCGCGUGGACCCACUUUGCAGUUCAACAUCAACACAUAUUCGUUAUGUAGAGACGUUCGGCGAAUCUUGAAGCACCCCAAGAGUGUCAGCAAGGACAGCUUGGAGUUCCACCAGCCACCUUUACUUGUGCUUCAUGGGUUCACCAAUGUCAACGACGCGAGCAUGCAUGAGAAAUUGUUGAUUACCAUGUUUCAGAACAUGUUCCCGCCAAUCCAGCCUCAGAUAACCAAAGUCAACACCAUCAAGCGUGUCUUGCUCAUCACCAAGGACAAGACCACGGGCAAUAUCGAAAUUCGACAUUAUGCAAUCAACACCAAGUUAGUUGAGGAAAGCAAGAAUAUCAAGAAAUUGAUCCAGUCGCAUCAUAAUCUCAAGAAACGCUUGCCCAAGAUGACCAACUCUCAGGACGUUUCGGAUCUUGUGUUGGAUCCAUAUACCGUUGGCGGGAUGACUUCCGAUAGCGAGGUUGAAGAGGAUGCCGUUGUUGAGGUCCAGCAUCAGGAAUUGGUCAAGAAGCAACCGGCGAGCGCUCCCGCUGCUCAAUCUGAUGAAGCGACGCCAACUCAAAGCCAACCGCAAGCUCAAGAAACAAUCACCACGGCGAAAAAGAGAGCUAUUAAGCUAAUUGAGCUUGGACCGCGGAUCAACAUGACGCUCAUGAAGAUCGAAGAGGGUCUAGUCGGGAGCUCAAAGACACUUUACCACUCGGCCGUGACAAAGACGGAAGCCGAUGUGAGCGAGAUGGACGCAAAGCACCGGUUGAAGGAGAAAUUGAAGCUGGAGAGAAGAGCAAAACAACAAGCUGCUGUGCAGGCCAAGUUGGAUCAAAAGAAGGCAAAGAAGGAUCGCAAGAAGGCCAGGUUUGCUGAUGAGGGAGAGGACGACAAAGAUGGAGAAGGUGAUGGAGGCGAAGAUGAAAACGAAGAUAUGCCGGAAAUCAACGCUGAGGAUUACGAAAAUGACAGUGAUUUGUAUAGUGAUGUGGAAGUCUAG